UUGGUCGGCAUCCGGAAAUCUUUAAUGAGGCGCGUUGUCUCGCGUUAGUAAGGAGAAUAUGAGAGAAAGGCGUAGAAGGGACUACCACUCCCAGGAGCACAAGAGAAACUCUAGACCAUAAAAGCAAUCUAAUCUGCCCUCCUUCAUUUGACAACUUUAAGAAACUGAGGCUCUGAUGAUCUAAAUGAUUUGCCCACGCUGCUCGGGGAGUCUCAGACGCGAAGCUUCUUGAGCACAGAAAGGUCCAAGAUGCAGGCAGGAAAGCCAAUCCUCUAUUCUUAUUUCCGAAGCUCCUGCUCCUGGAGAGUUCGAAUAGCCCUAGCUCUCAAGGGGAUCGACUACGACAUCGUUCCCAUCAACCUCGUAAAGGAUGGGGGGCAACAGUAUUCUAAGGAAUUCGAGACAUUGAACCCCAUGAAACAAGUGCCAACCCUGAAGAUCGACGGCAUUACCAUUACCCAGUCACUGGCUAUUAUUGAGUAUCUGGAAGAAACACGACCGACAGCCCCCAGGCUCCUGCCGCUGGACCCCAAGGAAAGGGCCAGUGUCCGCAUGAUCUCAGACCUCAUUGCUAGUGGAAUUCAGCCCCUGCAGAACUUAUCUAUCCUAAAGAAAGUGGGCCAAGAAACUCAGCUGGCAUGGGCACAGGCAGUCAUCAGUUCUGGCUUUAAAGCCUUAGAGAGUGUCCUGCAGAGCACAGCAGGGAAGUACUGCCUGGGAAAUGAGAUCUCCAUGGCUGACUUAUGCCUGGUACCUCAGGUGGCUAAUGCUGAAAGGUAUAAGGUGGACCUCUCCCCAUACCCCACCAUCACACGCAUUUACAAGACCUUGCUCACUGUCGAGGCUUUCCAAGUGAGCCAUCCUUCUCGGCAGCCUGACACCCCUCCAGAACUUCGAGCUUAAAUCCUGCCAUUUGCCAACUUCCAGAAUACUGAAAGGGGAAACCAUACAGGUUUAACAGGCACAAAGAUAAACAAAUCAUGCUUGGAGUGAAAUGAGUCCUGGCCUGGAAGUCAGGAGACCGAGGUUGGAAUCCUGGCUUUACCAAACGCAGAAUUCUGCUGGUCCUCAGUUCCCUCUUCUGUCAAACCUGCAGGUCAAUGAUACCUGUUGGGCCUAUUUCCUAGGGUUAUGGUGAUCGGGAUCAAUCAUGUGGGUAAAAAUGCUGGUAAAAGCAUGAAGCAUUAAAUAAAUGGCAGGAAGUACCUCUUUCUAUGGGCUGCUUCCAUGAAUAACAUGCA